AGUAAGAAACUAGUAAGUGUGCGUUGGAUAUUAAUAUUUUUACAUUUUCUAUACUGUACAUGGAAUAACAAAUAGCAACAGGGAAGAAAGCUUCCCACAUUAUUUGGAGUUAAUUUUAAAAAAAUAAAAAAAAAUCAUCCUCAAGAACUGCAGUAUAUUCAGAUGUUAUCGGAUAUGAUCAUUUUUAUGAGUCAGAAAUAAUAUUUUAUAGUUUAUUUUCGGUCGAGCAGGCGUGAAUUUCUUCAUGAGUGUUAGUGCAGUCCUGCUUUUCAUUAGCCUGCCAGGAACAUUUCUGGUAUGUUUACAGCCAGUAAGUGGAGUGGCUGUGUAGUGUCUAUGGGAUUACAUUUCCUGUGGGUCAUUAUAUCAUGAAGAGGGAAUUGCUGUAACCAGUACAAGAAAACCUGCCAAAGCUGUAUGCUGCGCAGCAAGUGAUACUACCAGGGUGCUUUUCGGAACUGUUAUUUUAUUUAUAGUUUUUUUUUUUUUUUUUUUUUUCUGGAAUGGAUGUGAGUUUUCAGUGAUAUUGUGUGACUUGUUGUAUUUUUUUAAAAUCACUUACUUGUUUUCACCAAGACAUUAAGUUAUGUUGCUGAUAUUUUUCAUUAUUCAGCCCGUGAUUCAUUCAGUAUUCUGCGAAGUUCCCAGCUGCGAGUACUACUUAAACAGACGUGUGGCUGGUGUAUUUCACUAUGAUCAUCACAGUCGAUAUAGCCUCACAUUCUGGGAAGCCAAGGCUGUUUGUCAAAGGAACUUUGGCGCCACAAUGGCUGACAGACAGCAGAUUUAUACAGCAUACAAGGCGGGACUUGAAGAAUGCCGGGCAGGCUGGAUCUCAUCUGGAGAAGUUGCUUAUCCCAGAGUUAGGCAACAUUGGAGGUGUGGUCAGAACCAAACUGGUGUCAUCACAUAUGGAAUCAGGAAAAAUCUACUAGAAAAAUGGGAUGUAUUUUGUCAUAAAGAUGAUAAUGACUGCUCAGUAUACCGUAUUUUAUUCCCUAAUGCACAAACACCGAAAGAGGUAAAAACAGAAGAGAAUGGUUUUCUGAAAAAUAAUCAUUUGAACGAUAGCUUUACUGCAAGUGAUGGCUUGAAGUAUGUGUCAAUGGCAGCAGCAGAUUUACAGAAUACUCAUAUUGUCCAAGACACAGAACAGUUUGAUCAAAUACAUAUUGAUGCAGCACCUUUAAAUGAUUUUCUGGAAAAAAUUACUCCGACUGAGGGUCCUACUAGGACUACCAGAGGAAAAGAUGGGACCUUACAUUUUCCAACUGUCUUUGAUGAAAAUCAGGCACUUAGAUCUGACAGCCAUACACUAACAGAUGCCCCCCUGCUUUCAACAGAAAACUAUUCAACAACCACAAAACUAGAAGGAAUAACUGAAGAAUACAGCAUUGAAACCAAUAAAAAGCUAACAAAAGACUCAACAUCUUUAAGACAUUGGAGCCUAGCAUCACCUGCAGUGAUUAUAACCAGCAACCAACAAAGCCUAAACAGUCCUGCAAAAAAAGUAGGUGGCAAGGCUUUGAAUAUCUUUUUUGCAAAUACUAUCACUUCCCAGGUAACAGAUGUGCUUUCCUCAAGUACCAGAAUCUCAGAUGCGAGUUACAGAAGUUAUGCAGAACCAAUACAAAUGCAAACAAAUUACACUCUAAGCACCUCCACAAGAGAAGAUGUCCUGCAAAGGACUGAGACUCCAAACCCAAAUAAGUUAAAUAGCAAGAUAGAUACAUCAACAUUAAACUCUACAGCUGCACCAGAGAGCAAAACUACUUUAUUCAUAAGCCAGCAUACUGAAGCAGCCACAAGAAAAGCUAUUUCAGCAUCAGAAAGUUUUGACAGUCAGAGUUCACUGAAAAUAAAAGGACAUGGUGUGCAGAACUCAGCAAAUCAGGUGCUUCCAUCAACUAACAUUAGUAAGUCAGAAGAUCACAACUUGCAUUUGUUGCAAAAGGGAACAGCUGCAUUUAGCACAUCUAUUUUAUCCACCUUACCUACAAAAAAAGAGUUUUCCCUAAAUAACUCAUCACUACCUUAUACAUUUAACCCAACUUUUACAAACCAGGAUAUAGAAUCAAGUAACAGUUUGCACCUGAAAGGAAGUCCUGCUCCCCAAACUACGCAAAUCAACGCUUUACCUGGUUCUGGAUCAGUCACAGCAGUAUUUAAAUCAAUUUUAGCCACCACUGUCAGGUCUGACCAUCAGUCUUUAAAACUAAAUACAGAAAUGGCAGAAAACAAAGAACAGGAAUCAGUUGUCCACCUGCCAGUGGAUUUUACAGAUUCUGCUAGUAAUAUGUCUAUGAAAUAUAAUGAAUCUAUAAGAAAUACACAGUCUUAUGUCUCAACAACAGUAUCUGAUACAAGACAGCUAACACAGUUAAAAACAGCAGAGUUUACAACCUUUGCUGAAAGAUUUUUAUUCAAACCAGUGGAACCGACAAAGAGUGUUUAUUUUUACCUAGCUACUGCUAAACCAAAACACAAAGAAGGAAAUGCAAAUAGCCACACAGGUUAUGCAAUCUAUAUUUCAAAAAACCAAGAAAUAGGAAAUUCAGAGCAAACAGGAAAUACUAAGGAUAAGGCAAAGACAAAAAUAAAUGCUAGUGGUAGGAUAUCUAAAAACAAUGAAAUGAAACCCAGGCUCACUACAGUAAACAAUGAAGCUGAAGAGCUGGUUACACCAAGCUGGCAACAAGUUCCAACAACAGCCAGUUUUAACAGCCACUACUCUGAUGAUCAGAUACUGUAUAAAGAUGGUACACAGGCAACUUUCAUGAGUAAGCAGAACACUGAAAAUACUAUUGCAGCCGACAGAAGGGUACAUUCAAGCACAUCCACUCCUGGUGACAGAAGGCCAACAUUAAAAGCAGCCCAGGGAGCUUCACAUAAUGAAACUUUUUCUAGCGCUCAUCGUGGAUUGUAUGCACACACCCAAGAGCCCCCCAUGCCUGUUGCUGAUCACUUUCAAGAGGUGUCUGAAGACAGGGAAACCUUGCAAAGCAGUACCACGGUUGCUGGUGACCAUUCAAGCAAUAUGGCCACCAGUGCCAGUUUAAAAGCAUUUGAUAACAAUUUUUUCAAGUUCAAUAAAGGUAUUGGAAUCACUGUGAGCAUAACUAAACCAUUCACAGCUAUUGCACACAAUGAAAGUACUAUCAGCAGUACAGAUAAUUCCCCAGGGCCUGUAUCAGAGCACAAAGGAACUGGUAGUGUGUCACCUUUGCCAGUGUUUAACAACAGAGGGAUCACUUCUAAAGAUGCUGAGGCACUGUAUAAAAUACACAGAGACCGUAUGAGUUUGUCAAAAGAUAAUACAAGUGCAACUGUACGGGAUGAAGUUAUUGUAAGAACUUUAAAUCAUUACAAGCAGUCUUCAUCAGCAAUAUUUAGUGACACUCCUACAAAGAAUCCUGAACUUGAUGAUCAAUCUGUUAUUUCUCGCCCAAGAUAUAUAGAACAAGAGCUCACACUGACACAUGGCUCUUUCCCAUCCAAACUAUCAUCACAGGAAAUCCUGGAUGGGAAAACAGCAGAGAAUAUUUCCACUAUGAGAUCGAGAGAAGAUUCAAGACCUGAUGUGUCUACUCUGAAUGUGGUUAAGAAAGGGAACAUACCGCUUGAGACCACAUUUAAAAGAUUGGACACUGUUAACAGCAAUACAGAACAUAUUCAACUGUCAACAUACUGGGAUAUAACCCCAAUCACAACUGUACCUGUGACAACAGAAGAUAGCCCUCAUCUUUCAGAAGAGUCAGCAACUAAACAAAGUCACAAAGGGGACAGUGAAUUCCAGGCUGGUAAUGAUGAAAUUAACUAUGGAGGAGAAUCCACCAUGAAGCCUACCUGGACAACUCUUGAUCAAAGAGACUUUACAGCUGAAUUAAAGGAGAAAACCAUCACAGAAUCUAACAGUGAGUCACUGCAAGCUACACCAUCAUAUUCUCCCACUGGCGUUUUUCCUGAGCCUCGCCCUUCUCAACCAGAAACUGUGACAGCUUAUCCUAUGACUUAUGGAAGCACAAUUACUCAUGUUCCCACAUCAGUGCCAUCUUCAAAUGUACAAUCAGCUUUGUGUGGUGGGGUUCUCAGGGGAGUGAUGGGAGAGUUCCAGAGCCCCGGGUUUCCUCAGUCUUAUCUGAGUGACAUGGACUGCACCUGGGUGAUUGAAGCACCAGUCGGACACAUCGUCCACUUGGACUUUCACUCCCUGGUCCUGGAGGAGCACCGAACCUGCCAGUAUGACUAUGUGAUUGUGUACGAUGGCAGAGGAGCUUCAGAGCAGGAGCUGGGCAGGUUUUGUGGCUCAGAAGUGCCCCCGCAGCUCAGAGCAACAUCCAAUGCUAUGAUGGUGGUCAUGAAGAGCGACUCCUCUGUGGAACUAGAUGGUUUCUCAGCCCAGUUCAGUACUGUUAAAUCACAAGCAGUCCUUACAGGUCAAAUCAGCCUGAGAGGAGGGAGGAAUCGAUUUGAAGGGCUGGUUGAAUUGGAGUAUGGGGGGCACCAGGGAGGAAUUUGUGCCAAACGAUGGGACAACAAAAAUGCAGCCGUGGUUUGUCGGCAGUUGGGAUUCUCUGGAAUGGCUUGGGCUACCAGCAGGAUUAAACUGCAGGAAGGGGAUUUACCAGUGAGCGUUGCAUAUGUGAAGUGCAGUGGAGAUGAAACCUCUCUGGAUGGCUGUGAGGUCAAGAGGGGAGUAGAAUGUGGGACAACUGAGAGAGCUGGAGUCCACUGUCAAGUUCUGGAGUCAUGCUCAGCCUUGAGGAAUGCAGGAGUCCUGGAGUCUGGGACCUACGUUAUUGACCCUGAUGGAGAGGAACUGGGGGUCGAUCCCUUCACUGUCCAGUGUGACAUGGACAUUGAACCUGCAACAGGUGUCACGGUGGUGGGUCAUGACUCAGAGGACCGACUGCGUGUUGCUCCCUGUGAGGAGGCUGGCUGCUAUUCCAGACAUAUUAUAUACAACCAGGCAUCGAUAGACCAGCUAAGGGCCCUGACGGAGAUCUCUGAGUCAUGUGAACAGUUUGUUAGACUGGAGUGUCGCCAUAUCCGCUUCCUACAGGAGGGCUGGGGGUGGUGGGUGUCCAGAGAUGGGAAGAAAAUAAACUCCUGGGGUGGUGCCAUCACGGACAGUGGGAAAUGUGGCUGUGGAGAAAGAGGAGACUGUGACCGUGGAUUAUCUACAUGCAGCUGUGAUGCGAAUGAUGAAGUGUGGAGGUCUGACGAGGGAUUGCUGACAGAUGCAUCCUCUCUGCCAGUUAAGGAAGUAAGAUUUGGCGACACAAGAGAUAUACCGGUAGAGAUGGCGUUUCACAGGAUAGGCAAGCUACGCUGUAGAGGACAAAAGAACAGAGUACCAGUGCUUGAAUCUUGUGCAGCACUCAAAGAGGAAGGCUUUGCUGAAUCAGGUCGCUACGUCAUUGAUCCUGACGGAGUAGGACAAGGAGUCUUCCAGUUUGAGGUUUAUUGUGACAUGACCUCAAACCCUACGACUGGUAUCACAGUGGUGAGCCAUGACAGUGAAAGCCGCAUGCGUGUGGCCCCUUGUGAAGAACAGGGCUGUUAUGGCAGAGAGCUGAAAUAUGAAGCAGAUCUGAUUCAAAUAAAUGCUCUUACUAGAGUUUCUAAAUCCUGCCAACAGUAUGUCAAGCUUGACUGUCGACACAUUCGUUUCAUUCAGUCCGGUUGGGGGUGGUGGGUCUCCUGGAAUGGACAAAAGAUGUUUCACUGGGGAGGGGCUCAGAUCAACAGCAGUAGCUGUGCCUGUGGAAUGACAGGCACAUGCUCUGGUCCAGCGAGGCUCUGUAACUGUGACAGUAAUGAUCACAUUUGGAGAACAGAUGAAGGCUAUCUGCGGGGUAAAUCAUUGUUACCAGUGAAGUCUGUGCACUUUGGUGACACACAGGAUGCUCCUUUAGAAAUGGCCUUUCACACCAUUGGAAAAUUGACCUGCAAAGGAAAAGCUUCUUGCAAAAGGCUUUGAAGAAUGCAUUCGACAGCACAGUGGAUCCUGUGCAUAAAGGACGAGCCAUAGACGUCUCCUAUCAAGAAACAGCUCACAAUAUAACCCUUCAUUGUUUAAACGAAGUUCAGAAACUUCAGAAUUCAAUUAUUUUAAAAACUGUGUUUCAAAGUCCACCAAAAUGAACUGCAAACACCAUGAAUGUAGCUUCUUUUCACAGAACACUUCUUUGACUGAUCAGUGGAAAGUUGUAUCUUGGUACCUGUACUAAUCAUACUUUUACAAAAUAUGUACUAUGUACUUUGACUGUAGAUUGUUGAGAUCACUUUAUGAGUCAGCAGUGACACCUGGUUAGUCGAACUAUAAAAUGUCUGUAUCUUACAAAACUUCAAGAAACAAAAAUAUUGUAAAACACAUCUUCACAUUUUUAUAUUCCUAAUUGUUACUUUCAUCUGGUGUUUUUGACUUGUGGCUUGCUCCCAGUUUAACUAUAGAUUGGUGUGUGGGUAGGUAAUUGUGCAACAGAGAUUCUUAUGUAAAACUUUUUUUUGUGUACCUAGUCAUCUAUCCAGCAGGCUUGUGGUGGCAUCCCAGACUCUUGUCUUAGACAUUGAAGAGAUACCUGUAACCCCUGAAAUAAAAAUUGAAAUUUAGGCUAUUCAGACUGAUUGUGUGUGGUGGGAGUGGGGGCAACACUUUAGAACAGUUGAUACAUUUACCUUUAAGAAGUAAGAGUCUAAAAUAGCCAAGUAAAAAUCUUUUCUCCAAUACAAAUAUAUUCAGCUGUGUUUUAGCAUUGCAGUACAGUUAAUCUCAGAAAAUAUUUAAAAACAAAAUGUGCCAAUGAUAUGUACUAGUAUUUGUUUUACCUCACGACCUUCCUAAUAAAAGGAGGUAUACAUUAAUUAAAUGCCACUGCUAUUCAGUUUAUUGUGGGUGCUAUACAGUACAUGUUUUUGAUUAAAUAACUAAACAUGGCAGUCGCUAGUACUGUAUGACUAUUUAUUUUACUAAACUAUGAAAUAUUAUUACGAUUACCCAGCUCAAUGCAAAUUCAAACAUUUACAAUUACACUUGACUGAAUAAGCCACAACAAACCAAUGGUACACAGUUUAUUUUUUUUAAACAUAACAUUGCAGCCCAGUUUAUUUCAUUAAGACACAUUUCUAUUGGUAAUGCAAACAAUAGAAAAAUAUAUUAAUGAAUCCAUGAUCCAGUAAAACAUUAUUCUUGAACUGAAAUUCUGCCAGAUAACAUGGGAUAAUCUUUUGUAUCCACCUUUUCAGUCAUUAACAGUAUAAAGGCUUCAGAAAAGGAUAGACUCUGACACUAAACCUAACACAAAGUAGAAAAACCCUUCUCAUUGAAAAGGUGACAUUUUUUAUAUUACAUUUCAAGCUUUUUUUUUUUUUUUAACAUUGCUUUUAAAACAUAGAUUAAAGUCAAUGGUGCAUGUAUAAACGCAGAACGUUAACAGGAAUCAAGCAAGACAAUGAUGUUAAAUACAGAGCUAUUUUAUUUGAAAACUAAUGCAGCACAUCAAUUUUAUUUUGUUUGCAUAAAAUGAGUGAAAUCCUAAAUCUUGCAUAACUGAGUAGAUAAAUCCAGUGGAAUAUUUUAACAGCACCUACGCUGGGCUAUUUAUUAGUUUGAAAAAUAUGUAUUCUUGGGCGAUGGUUACUAAUUGGUGUUAGAUUUGGACUAACCAAAUAUUACUUCUGACUGAUGACUAGACACCCAAGCAGAACCCCUUCAGUUGUCCUCAACCAAAUAGCUUUAAUUGAUAAUGAGGAUGGCCCAAUGUCAAUACCACAAAUUUGAUAUCUUCUGAUCUCCAAGAAGUACAACAAAGCAUGAUUUGUAUCAACUACACAACUUAUUUAUUUUAUCUGUCUUUUCAGGACCACUUCAACUAAAACAUGUUUAAGACCAUUCUCUCUCAAAAUACAGAUUCCAUAGCCAAAUGUUUACAUCUCGAUUAGAAUGCUGUUACUAGUAGGGGCCUAUUUUAUUUAUUUAUUUUUUGUCUACAUAGAUUGAAAUAGGAUAUUUUAAAUAGAAUUGUUGCCUAUGACUGCAUCAAAGUCUUGAUAGAAACAUAUUUUCUUCAAAUGUAAUUUUGUGCAUGGUUGCAAAACUGACAAAUAUUUUUUGGGUCUAUGUGCAUUUUCAUUAACUUUCAAGGGAUUUGUUAACUGGAAUUAGACACGCAUUGACAAGACGACAGAGAAUACGAACAUUGUGACUUGUCAGUGCAAAGAUUCAACAUUUCCAGAUAUGCAAAUCGGCAUAACCAAAAUAAUGUGAUCUUAAAAAAUGCUGCAACUAGAGUAACCCAAUCAACUGCUGAAAGACACACAAUCAUAUGCGCCAGUUGUAUCCAGCAACACUGUCAGAGAUACAAAAA